CGCUCCGUGCCCACUCAGGGUCCUCUGGAAGCUACAAGCUAGCGUCGAGAUUGUCGCGUCAUGUCUUGGCCUCUCUCUCUCGCUCUCUGUGAUUCUUGAGCUUAUGCUGAGUGCUGCAUCUUGCCAAAUCUGGCGCGGACAGCGAGGCAAAGUCGACGGAAUGCCCAGUCGGGAGCUGAGUGCGACUCCUGGGACAUGCGGUGGGCGAACUACUGGGCGGCUGUCGCUUGACAACAUUGAAUGAAGCAUGCUGUGCAGGACGGACACGGCCAGAGACCACCGCAACGGCCCAGACCACAGGAAACCCAGGGUCCUCGUCCUCCGCUUCUGCCCCGGUCCCACCCCGGAGGAUGAACCGGAGACCAGGGCCAUUCACAGGCUAAAGGAGCCAGGCGGCGAAGUCCUUGGGAGAACAUUGAGGAGCACAAGGCUCUGCCUGCUCCAUUCGCUCUCGUCCUCCUCCCCUUUCUCUUGCUUGCCCGUUCCAGAAAAAAAUGUUGGCUGCCAGGUUUGGGGGCAAUCCACCCAACUGUCGUCCUUGGCGUUGGCUUGGGUGGAUAUUCUCUCCUCCGCUCAAAGCAUGAGCCAAGGCUGUGAUCCUUUGUCGCCUCUCUGCGCGCGCGCCCGCGCAGGUUUCCCACCCCAGCUUCCUCUUUCUGCGUCCGUCCUGGUUACGUGGCGUCCCGUGGAUCCUGCCAUGCUCGUCUGUCUCUGUGUACCUGCCUUUCUCCACAGAAUGUCGGCGCAGGCAGGCAGGGUCGAGGCAUGGCACACACACACACACGUGGUGUGUGCCUGGCUUGGCCGAUCUUGUCGCACGUCGUGUGCGCGCGUAGGGGUCCCGCGGCCGGCCCUCGAGCUCCCGUCUCGUCUUGGUCUCGGCGCACAUAGAUAGGUAGUCUUGGUUCCCCGUUUGUUCGGUGCCCGCGGUGCUUGGUGUUUCGUGAACCUUGGUACAUAUCCCCAAGUCUUCGAACUCUUGUCGACCUUUGUUCUGCGCAACCAACCUACGCCCAAUUGCAAGCGCCUUUCCUUGUCGAACCUGUCCACUGGGA